GAUUCAGAUUCAAACUUUCUUCUUCACAGGAACAAACAUUACAAACAACAAUGAGUUGAGGAUCGUGAUGGUGGGGAAGACUGGGAUUGGGAAGAGCACUUCUGGAAACACCAUUCUGGGUCGACCGUGCUUUCAGUCCAAAUGCAGCCCCAAAUCCAUGACUGUAAACUGCUCCAAAGUCUCCAGUGAUGUGGAUGGACAGCAGGUUGCUGUCAUUGAUACUCCAGGUCUGUUUGACACCAGAUUUAAGGGACAUAAAACAAUCAAAGAUCUGAGUCAGUGCGUCUGUUAUGCUUCUCCUGGACCCCACAUCUUCCUGGUGAUCGUUCCAAUCGGCAGAUUCACAGCAGAAGAAUUACAAUCAGUGCAAAUGAUUCAAAAAAUCUUUGGAGAGGCAGCAGACAGAUACAGCAUGGUUCUGUUUUCCCGUGGAGACGACCUUGAAGACACCAUUGAAGAUUAUUUGUCUGAAAGCCCAGAGCUGCAGGAUCUGGUGUCCAGAUGUAACGGCCAGUAUCAUGUCUUCAACAAUCGGAUGAACAAUAAGAAACCUCAGGUCACUGAGCUGCUGAAGAAGAUCAGAACCAUUGUUGACAGUAACGGAGGAAGUCACUACACCAAUAAGAUGUUCCAAGAGGCUGAGAGGAAAAUCGAAGAGGAGAAACAACGAAUCCUGACGGAGAAAGAAGAGAAAAUACAUAAAGAGAAAGAAGAACUGGAGAGAAAGAUAAAAGAAAAGUAUGAGAAAGAGAUGGAGAGAAUGUAUAAGCAAAUCCAGGCUGAGAGAGAGAGAGAGAAGAAGGAGAGAGAGGAGGAGAAGAAGAGGGAGAGAGAAGAAAUGAAUGAAGAGAGGAGGAGGGAGAAGGAAAAGAAUGAGGCAGAGAGAAAGGAGAGAGAGAGAGAGUUUGCAGCCAUGAAGGAAAAGCAGGAGAGAGAAAUUCAAGAAGCAAAAUCCAAGCUGCAGUCUGAGCAUGAAUCUAAGGCCAGAGAAGAAGCUGAGCGAAAUAAUCCUCUCUAUUAUUUGGCUAAAGUUGGAGAAAACAUCUCUAAUGCUGGAGAAAGCCUGGUAAAUUUUUUUAAAAGCCUUUUUUAAAUAAUUAAGUAGUAAAAGUUGGAAUCUUCUGUCUCUUACUAACAUGAUGAUGCAGGUAAAUAAAACCAACAAAUCUCUACUGAAAGUCUCUUGACAAAAACAUUUAAGUAUAAAACAUGGAGAACAGAAAACAACAAACUAGAUUCUGUUUCUUUCAUUGUGUUAAUAAAUGAAGUAAAUCUCCAGCCAGAGAAAAACUCUUCACCACAUCUUGACAUUAAAACUCAGCCAGAACCUGGAUGUUCUUUGUUGGACAGUUCUUGUGAGGUUUUCUAAGAACACGGUGCUUAGACCUUUUGGAAAUUGUUGCUGUAAAGAUUAGCAUAAAUGGAAAAUGACAGUAAAUAUACAAGAUUCACAAUGAUUUUCACUUCAAUAUUCUUGCACUUUCUGCAACAAUUAUUAUUUUGUGAUGAUUGUUUGAACUGAUUUGCAGUGUUUUUUUAUGUUUCUGUUCUGUUGAGAUAUUUUGUGUCACCUUGUUCUGAAUAUGAAAUCACAAAUAAAGCUUGAUGAAAACAAUAAA